CAGUUGUCAGCCGCAAUGGGUGUUAUCAGUGAGGCCUGGAUCAGGCUUGGGGUGUGGAAGAGAGGCCUCCAUCCUCUCUGCUUACUCCUUCCUUUCCCCCUCCUCAACCAGCAAAGCCUGGAAUGGAACAGGCAACCCCAAGAUGACAGCCAACGUUUCCCCAGCAACCGAGACGACACAAUGUCCCGCAAAGGUUGCAUCGCUGUCACAAAGUACUUCCUUUUCCUCUUCAAUUUCUUAUUCUUUCUCCUCGGAGGACUUCUGUUUAGCUUUGGCUUAUGGCUACUUUUUGACCGGGACAGUUUUGCGGCUGUCCUAGGGUCGGCGUAUUAUGCCCUCAAGAUCUGGUCCUAUAUUUUCUGUGGGGUCGGCAUCCUCACCAUGUGGAUGGGAUUCCUCGGUUGCCUGGGUUCCCUCAAGGAAAUCAAGUGUAUGCUAGGAUGUUACUUCGCCUUCCUGCUCCUUCUCUUCCUGGCCCAGAUCAUCAUUGGAAUCUUGGUAUAUUCGCAGAGCAAAACGCUCAACACAAAGGUUGGUGACUAUGUCACAGAAAUAAUUGAGCACUAUGGGACAUAUAAUCCGUCCACGGAUGAGGAGGAGAGCUGGGAUUAUGUGCAGAUGGAGCUCCAGUGUUGCGGAUGGAUCCUCUCCAAUGACUGGAUGGAGAACAGCAUAAUAAAGAACUCCUCUUACCACCUCUAUCCCUGCUCGUGCAGCGGCAACGUCUCUCAGCCUGACCAGCCAGGGAAUGGCACCACCGCUGCCCCCACCACCAGGCCGAAGAUCGCAGGCUUCUGUAACUCUUAUGGGCAACCGUGGUCCGUCUAUGAGAUGGGCUGCAUGGACGGCGUCCAGACCUGGCUCACAAAUAACAUCGUCACCAUUGUGGGGAUCAGCCUUGGGAUUGCGCUCAUGGAGCUCUGCCUCAUGACGCUAUCGAUGUUUCUGUGUAGGACCAUCGGGCCCAACUAUGACAAGCUCACUCGCUAUUCCUAGGAGUCGAAUCGCCACUUCCCAGAGUUCCAGAUUUUAUAGGGGGUGACAAUGGAAUCCAUCCCUUUAAAUUCAAAACUUUCCACUUCAGGGCUGCAAGGUGCCUAUGGAGAUUCUCUACCUAACCUUUCCUUGCACAGAGCUAGGAUUGGUUCUACCAUACCCUUGGGAAAAGAAAUUAAACUCUCAGGAGUUGCAGGUGUCAGGAGAAUCCAUUACAAUACCCUGCAGAAUUCUUCAUACAGCAAAACAGAUGAUUUAGCCCUAAAUCAUUUCCCCAAACCUUAAGCUUAUCCAUUCUGAAAUUUGAUGUAAUAAUGCCAAAAGAUUUAGUCCCGACGUUUUUCUGAUUAUUUUGGCUCUUGAGUAUUCAUUUUGUGACAUUCAAGGCUAGACCCUGCUUCAGCACUGUUUGGCAGAAUAAAGAGUUCACUGCCAGACUCGAGUGGAUUACAAAACAUAACUUGGAAAGCAAAUGCGUGUUUUUAAAGGGGUUUUUUUUUACUACUACUACUACUAAUAACAACCAUAGCAAUUCUAUAGACUAUUCCGUAAAAUUCCUUAAUAAGCUCAUUUUGGAAUUAAUCCUGCCUUUCGUAGUACAAAAACAAAGCUGAUGUUAAAAUGUUUAAAUUUUAUUUAGCAGCGAAAGAAAGAAAAGUACUGAGAACUUGGAUGAGCCAUGUUUUUGAGCGAUGGUGCUCAGGUGCUUAGCGCAACAUUUUAAAUUAGGGAUGGGGAACCUGUGGCCCUCCUGAUAUUGCUAGACUAAAACUCUCAUAAUCUCUGGCCCUCCCAGCUGGGGCUGAUGGGAACUGUACUCCAAAACAUAAGGGAGUGCCUGUGAAAUUCUUUUAACCCACUCAGUUUACACCUUGUACUGUAAUGUCUAACCCGGGGAUGAGCAUCCUCUGGCCCUCCCAGCUGCUGGACUCCCAACUCCCAUCAUCCCCAACCAUCACAGGCAUGAUGGAAGUUGCAGUCCAGCAACAUGAGCCACAGGUUGCCCACACUUGCUCUGAGUCACCAUGGCUGGAUUUGCUGAAAAUGCCUAGGGGAGAACAGCCAUUGUCCCCUCCAAUCUCCCCCCUUCCAGUCGUUAGAAAACUUCCAGCCUUUGUUCUGAUGCCCUUCUCUACGCCACAGCCCUGCUCUCCCCUUCCCAUUUUCUGUUUGUUAAUUCUGUUAUUGCGCACGUUGAGACUGUGGGCUUCCCCGCCAUGAGGAGUUUGGUCCAAUUUUUGUCUCUCAGAAUCUUAACGCAUGCACACCCCAGCUAGCUGCCUGCACAGGUGGUGGGGAACCUGUGGCCUUCCAGAUGUUGUUGGGCCCCAACUCGUCACCUCAAACAGGUUCAACAUCUGGAAGGCCACAGGUUGCCUCCCCAUUCCAACAGUUUGAAUGCACUUAUCCUUCUCAGAUGGGCUCUUCUUACACAAAAGAAACACAAGCGAGCGUAGCCAGCUCUGGUAAAGACGUCUUCAUUGUGAACACUUGAAAUCCCAGGGAAGGAGGAAAACUUUGCUUGUCUUGGGCAUGUGUGUCUGCCAGGCAAGCUCCAGAUUUCUGGGGGCUGUGGGGCAUGGUGGAAAAGUUAAACUGGCCUCUAGAUCCAGCAUCUUAGCCUGUUUUGAACAAUAAGACUAGAAACAAGUAUUUUAA